AUGUCGACCAUAGCUUCCUCUUCAUUACGGCAGGCUUCGCGCUUAUGCUUGAGGCAACCAGCGUCCGCAUCCGCUCUCAUGAGGAGCGCAGGCAAACUUCGAUCUGCGGAGAUGGGGACAAAAGCACAGAAGAACGUGAGGAGAGGGUACGUCUCAGAGACGAAGAAGGACAGCGCACAGGUCAAUGUCGAUACCGCCAUCCGGGCAGAGCAGAAGGCCUUCUUUGCAGAGACGGGCAAGCUUCCAGAAAACCAGAGUGUUCCUGGGACCAAUGUCAAUGCAGAUGCCAUGAUGAGCCCGAUAGCUGGUGUACUGAAGCAAGCCACAAUCAUGGAUGAAGGCCAACGGCCGAUCUACCUCGAUAUGCAGGCCACGACACCUUUAGAUCCUCGAGUGCUCGACGCCAUGCUUCCAUUCUACGCCGGCCUCUACGGCAAUCCUCACUCGAGAACGCAUGCUUAUGGCUGGGAGACCGACAAGGCCGUGGAAGAGGCCAGAGAACAUGUUGCGAACCUGAUUGGUGCAGAUCCCAAGGAAAUUAUCUUCACUAGUGGCGCCACCGAAAGCAAUAACAUGAGCGUCAAGGGUGUUGCCAGAUUUUUUAAGAGAGGUGGAAAAAAGAACCACAUUAUCACAUCCCAGACUGAGCACAAAUGUGUACUGGACAGCUGUAGGCAUUUGCAAGACGACGGUUUCGAUGUCACCUACCUCCCAGUGCAAAACAACGGACUGAUCAAUAUGGAAGAGCUCGAGGCAGCUAUUCGGCCUGAGACUGCUAUCGUCAGUAUUAUGGCAGUCAACAACGAAAUUGGUAUCAUCCAACCGUUAGAAGAGAUAGGAAAGCUGUGCAGGUCGCGGAAGGUCUUCUUCCACACCGACGGUGCACAAGCAGUGGGAAAGAUUCCGAUCGAUGUUAAUAAGAUGAACAUCGAUUUGAUGUCGAUUUCUUCCCACAAGAUCUAUGGACCAAAGGGUAUGGGAGCAUGCUAUGUGCGCAGACGACCCCGUGUCAGAAUCGACCCUAUUAUCAGUGGAGGUGGCCAAGAGAGAGGUCUACGAAGUGGAACCCUUGCUCCUGCAUUGGUUGUUGGGUUCGGCGAAUCCUGCCGUAUCGCCAAGGAAGAGAUGCCUUAUGAUUCGAAGAGAAUAAAGAUGCUCUCUGACAGACUCCUGAAAGGCCUCCUCUCCCUCGAACACACCUCGCAAAAUGGAGACCCAGAGAAAUUCUAUCCAGGCUGCGUUAACGUCUCAUUCGCCUACGUCGAAGGCGAAUCUUUGUUAAUGGCUCUCAAAGACAUCGCGCUCUCCUCAGGCAGCGCGUGCACAUCCGCCUCCCUAGAACCCAGCUAUGUCCUCCGCGCCCUGGGCAGCAGUGACGAGAACGCCCACAGCAGUAUUCGAUUCGGCAUCGGGCGCUUUACAACAGAGAGCGAGAUUGACUAUGUGGUAAAGGCUGUCCAAGAGCGCGUGACAUUCCUAAGAGAGUUGAGCCCGCUGUGGGAAUUGGUGCAGGAGGGCAUCCCGCUCGAGAGCAUUGAGUGGAGCCAACACUGA